AUGAAUCGCCGGAUUCUAGUGUCUGGACAUCCCACCUGCAGCUUCCGGAAGCAGUUGGGGAUUGGGUCUACGAUUUUUGUGGCUUUGUUGCAUUGCACGCAACAAGCUGGUUUUGCGGCCGCAAAAUUGCCAACAGUUGCGUGGUCACCACGGCAUGCUACCCUGCCUGAGCUUGAAGAGUUGGAGCAGGUCGCGGGGCCGAAUCCGAAUCUUGCCAUCGGCGUGCUGCCGAAGUUUCUCACUGAUGCAGAGAUCGAGACUCUGAAUGCCGUCGCCGGUCAUGCCAAUUCCUGGGAGGACCGCCAUGAGGGCCUCAUCUUCACCCAUUACGUCCGACGCAUUGAGUCUGCCUUGAGGGAAGUCGAUCUGGAUUUGUACCAGAAGCUCUUGCUCACUGCGUGGUCCGUGGACCAGCAGAUUUGGAAGAAUUUGGGACCCCUGGACUACACGCUGCCCCAAAUCGAGUACAUCGAGUACGACGUGGAGAAGCUGGGCUGCGAAGGGAAGAUCGCGAAGCACAAUGACAAUGGCUCUAUGGUGUCUCUAGUAGCUCUGCUUUCAGAUCCCUCUGAGUUUCAGGGAGGUGCAAACUUUUUCAAAGGCGCGCCACAGAAGCGGCGAGUGGUCCUGCAGACGGGGGAUGCCGUUUUCUUCUACGGCCACCAGUGUGAGCAUUGGAUCUCCCCGGUGACCUCGGGUCGCCGGGCCAUUCUCCAGAUCGAGCUCCAGAGCCCCAAGCUGCUGCAAUGCCAGGAAGAUCCGGAGGAAAGGCCGGGGAAGAGGAAGCCUAAAGGAAGCAAGGGUGGCCGGGGACGACGACGGUGA